GCUCCGGGAAGAAGCGGAGGGAGGAGUUGGCGACGCCGCGGCCGUCGCGGUUGCCGCCACCGUCGCCGCCAUCGCCGCCGCGGCUACUGUGACUUCUCCUGGUGUGUGAGAUCGGAGCCUACGCGCCUGGAUUUGUCGCCGCCACCGGCUGCGUAGAUCCGGAGGUUUAACCACAGGACAGAAAAAACAGGAAUAUAAAGAAGAAAUCAAAAUGGAUCCAAGUAUGAGUGUGAAUUCUGUCACCAUCUCUGUUGAGGGGAUGACAUGUAGUUCCUGUGUUUGGACCAUUGAACAGCGCAUUGGAAAACUGAACGGUGUACAUCACAUUAAAGUUUCACUGGAAGAAAAAAAUGCAGCCAUUAUUUAUGACCCUAAACUGCAGACUCCAAAGACCCUACAGGAAGCCAUUGAUGACAUGGGCUUUGAUGCUGUUCUGCACAAUCCUAAGCCGCUCCCUGUUUUAACUGAGACCUUGUUUCUGACUGUUACUGCUUCACUGGCUCCGCCAUGGGAGCAUAUCCAAAGCACAUUGCUCAAGACGAAGGGUGUGACAGACAUUAAAAUUUCCCCUCAGCAGAGAACUGCAGUGGUGAUAAUAAUCCCUUCUAUAGUGAAUGCCAGUCAGAUAGUAGAGCUGGUUCCGGCUCUCAGUUUAGAUCCAGGAACUCUGGAGAAAAUGUCAGGAAUUUGCGAAGAUUUCAGUAUGACUCAAGCAGGCGAAGUCAUGCUGAAGAUGAAGGUGGAAGGGAUGACCUGCCAUUCAUGUACUAGCACCAUUGAAGGAAAAAUUGGGAAACUGCAAGGUGUUCAGCGAAUUAAAGUUUCCCUGGACAAUCAAGAAGCUACUGUUGUUUAUCAACCUCAUCUUAUCACAGCAGAGGAAAUAAAAAAGCAGAUUGAAGCUGUGGGCUUUCCAGCAUUCAUCAAAAAACAGCCCAAGUACCUCAAACUGGGAGCUAUUGAUAUAGAACGUCUAAAGAACACACCAGUCAAAUUCUCAGAAGGAUCACAGCAAAGGAGUCCAUCAUAUACCAAUAAUUCAACAGUCAUUUUCAUCAUAGAUGGCAUGCACUGUAAAUCAUGUGUGUCAAAUAUUGAAAGUGCUUUAUCUACACUCCAGUAUGUAAGCAGUGUAGUCGUUUCUUUAGAGAAUAGAACUGCCACAGUAAAGUACAAGGCAAGUUUAGUCACUCCAGAAACUCUGAGAAGAGCAAUAGAGGCCAUAUCACCAGGGCAAUAUAGAGUUAGUAGUACAAAUGAAAUUGAGAGUACUUCAAACUCUCCCUCCAGCUCAUCUCUUCAAAAGAGUCCUUUGAACAUAGUUAGCCAACCUCUGACUCAAGAAACCGUGAUAAACAUUGAUGGCAUGACUUGUAAUUCUUGUGUGCAGUCUAUUGAGGGUGUCAUAUUAAAAAAGGCAGGUGUAAAAUCCAUACGAGUAUCACUUGCAAAUGGCAAAGGGACUGUUGAGUAUGAUCCUUUACUAACCUGUCCAGAAACCUUGAGAGAAGCAAUAGAAGACAUGGGAUUUGAUGCUUCCUUGUCAGAUACAAAUGAGCCACUGGUAGUAAUAGCUCAGUCCUCAUCGGAAAUGCCACUUUUGACCUCAACUAAUGAACUUCAUACCAAAAUGAUGACACCAAUUCAUGACAAAGAGGAGGCAAAGACUUCAUCUAAGUGUUACAUACAGGUCACUGGUAUGACUUGUGCUUCCUGUGUAGCAAACAUUGAACGGAAUUUAAGACGAGAAGAAGGAAUAUAUUCUGUACUUGUGGCUCUGAUGGCUGGGAAGGCAGAAGUAAGAUAUAACCCUGCUGUCAUACAACCCCUGAUGAUAGCCGAGUUAAUCCGAGAGCUUGGAUUUGGAGCCACUGUGAUAGAAAAUGCUGAUGAAGGGGAUGGUGUUUUGGAACUUGUUGUGAGAGGAAUGACAUGUGCCUCCUGUGUACAUAAAAUAGAGUCUACCCUCACAAAACAUGGAGGGAUCUUCUACUGCUCUGUGGCCCUGGCAACCAACAAAGCACAUAUUAAAUAUGAUCCAGAAAUUAUUGGUCCCAGAGAUAUUAUUCAUACAAUUGAAAGCUUAGGUUUUGAAGCUUCUUUGGUCAAGAAGGACCGGUCAGCAAGCCACCUAGACCAUAAGCGAGAGAUAAGGCAAUGGCGACGGGCCUUUCUUGUGAGCCUGUUUUUCUGUAUUCCUGUAAUGGGGCUGAUGAUAUAUAUGAUGGUUAUGGACCACCACCUUGCAACUCUUCACCAUAAUCAGAACAUGAGCCAAGAAGAAAUGAUUAGCAUUCAUUCUUCUACGUUCCUGGAGCGCCAGAUCCUGCCAGGAUUGUCCAUUAUGAAUUUGCUAUCUUUUUUAUUGUGUGUACCUGUACAGUUUUUUGGAGGCUGGCACUUCUACAUUCAGGCCUACAAAGCACUGAAACAUAAAACUGCAAAUAUGGACGUACUGAUUGUGCUGGCAACUACCAUUGCAUUUGCUUAUUCUUUGGUUAUUCUUCUGGUUGCAAUGUAUGAGAGAGCCACAGUGAACCCUGUUACUUUCUUUGACACACCUCCUAUGCUAUUUGUGUUUAUUGCACUAGGCCGGUGGCUGGAACAUGUAGCAAAGGGCAAAACAUCAGAGGCUCUUGCCAAACUAAUUUCACUACAAGCUACAGAAGCAACUAUUGUAACUCUCGACUCUGAUAAUAUCGUCUUGAGUGAAGAGCAAGUGGAUGUGGAGCUUGUACAACGUGGAGACAUCAUUAAAGUGGUUCCAGGAGGCAAAUUUCCAGUGGAUGGGCGUGUUAUUGAAGGACAUUCUAUGGUAGAUGAGUCCCUCAUCACAGGGGAGGCAAUGCCUGUGGCUAAGAAGUCUGGCAGCACAGUGAUUGCUGGUUCCAUUAACCAGAAUGGGUCACUCCUUAUCCGUGCAACCCAUGUUGGAGCAGACACAACCCUUUCUCAAAUUGUCAGACUUGUAGAGGAGGCACAAACAUCAAAGGCUCCUAUCCAGCAGUUUGCAGACAAACUCAGUGGCUACUUUGUUCCUUUUAUUGUCAUUGUUUCCAUUGCUACCCUUUUGGUUUGGAUUAUAAUUGGAUUUCUGAAUUUUGAAAUCGUGGAAACCUACUUUCCUGGCUACAACAGAAGUAUCUCCCGAACAGAAACAAUAAUACGCUUUGCUUUCCAAGCCUCAAUCACAGUUCUGUGCAUUGCAUGCCCCUGUUCACUGGGAUUGGCCACUCCAACUGCCGUGAUGGUGGGUACAGGAGUAGGCGCUCAAAAUGGCAUACUAAUCAAAGGUGGUGAGCCAUUGGAGAUGGCUCAUAAGGUAAAGGUAGUGGUAUUUGAUAAAACUGGAACCAUAACCCAUGGAACCCCAGUAGUGAAUCAAGUAAAGGUUCUAGUGGAAAGUAACAGAAUGUCAUGCAAUAAGAUCCUGGCCAUUGUGGGAACUGCUGAAAGUAACAGUGAACACCCUCUAGGAGCAGCAAUAACCAAAUACUGCAAGCAGGAGCUGGACACUGAAACCUUGGGUACCUGCAUAGAUUUCCAGGUUGUGCCAGGCUGUGGUAUUAGCUGUAAAGUCACCAAUAUCGAAGGCUUGCUACACAAGGAUAACUGGAAGAUAGAGGAAAAUAAUAUUAAAAAUGCAUCCCUGGUUCAAAUAGAUACAAGUAAUGAACAGUCAUCAACUUCAUCUUCCAUGAUUAUUGAUGCCCAGCUCUCAAAUGCUCUUAAUGCUCAGCAGUACAAAGUUCUUAUUGGUAACCGGGAGUGGAUGAUUAGAAAUGGUCUUGUCAUUAAUAACGAUGUAAACGAUUCCAUGACUGAACAUGAGAGAAAAGGUCGGACUGCUGUAUUGGUAGCAGUUGAUGAUGAGCUGUGCGGCUUGGUAGCUAUUGCUGAUACAGUGAAGCCUGAAGCAGAAUUGGCAGUCCAUAUUCUGAAAUCUAUGGGCUUAGAAGUAGUUCUGAUGACUGGAGACAACAGUAAAACAGCUAGAUCUAUUGCUUCUCAGGUUGGCAUUACUAAGGUGUUUGCUGAAGUUCUACCUUCCCACAAGGUUGCUAAGGUGAAGCAACUCCAAGAGGAGGGGAACCGGGUAGCAAUGGUAGGAGAUGGAAUCAAUGACUCCCCAGCUCUGGCGAUGGCUAAUGUUGGAAUUGCCAUUGGCACAGGCACAGAUGUAGCCAUUGAAGCAGCCGAUGUGGUUUUGAUACGGAAUGAUCUUCUGGAUGUAGUGGCAAGUAUUGAUUUAUCAAGGAAGACAGUCAAGAGGAUUCGGAUAAAUUUUGUCUUUGCUCUAAUUUAUAAUCUGAUUGGAAUUCCCAUAGCUGCUGGAGUUUUUAUGCCCAUUGGUUUGGUUUUGCAGCCCUGGAUGGGAUCUGCUGCAAUGGCUGCUUCAUCUGUUUCAGUAGUACUUUCUUCACUCCUCCUUAAACUUUACAGGAAACCAACUUAUGAGAAUUAUGAACUACAUGCCCGAGGCCAGAUGGAACAGAAAAGUCCUUCAGAAAUAAGUGUUCAUGUUGGAAUAGAUGAUACCUCAAGAAAUUCUCCUAAACUGGGUUUGCUGGACCGGAUUGUUAAUUACAGCAGAGCCUCCAUAAACUCACUGCUGUCUGAUAAACGAUCACUGAACAGUGUUGGUACUAGUGAACCUGACAAGCACUCACUCCUGGUGGGAGACUGCAGGGAAGAUGACGACAGUGCGUUGUAACAGGCCACAGAGAGUGCUGCUAGAUGAUGUUGUUCUGCACUGACACAGCAUUCAUGGUCACCUUAGCUUUUUAAAAUAUUGCAGGGCUUUAUGUUGGUCUCAUGCUCUUAUGUUAGGGAAUCUAUUUGAAUUGCAUUUGUCUAAUGGCAAAAAUAUCUUUUUCAGGGCAUCAGCUUGGAACCUAGCUUUAUUGAAAAUGAAUUUCCAGUAUUUUUUGUUUUCACUAGCAACAGAUAAGGUAGACCAGGGAGGUUUACAAGUCCUACAACUGAAGAUUACUGAAUUGCUGCUAAGGUCAUAGAUAAUUUUUAUUUGACCCCAAAAAAAAAGUUCAAGAAAAGAUCAUUGAAAAUUUGAAGAUUUGAGCGCAUAAUCUUGAGGAGAUUCUCGAGCCCUCCUCCCUGCUAGAUUGGGGAGUAAUGGCUUUCAAAGCACUGUAUAAAGAAUCCUGUUUUAGAAGCAAAAUAGUAGAAACUGUUUAAAAAUAGACAGGCCUAUUUAUUACAGGCUUUCUUUCCCCCUUCUUCUCCCUGCAUCUUUGUCUUUGCCGUUGCUUUCUUUUUUUUUUUUUUUUUACAGCUUUAUUGGAGUAUAAUUGCUUUACAAUGGUGUGUUAGUUUCUGCUUUAUAACAAAGUGAAUCAGUUAUACAUAUACAUAUGUUCCCAUAUCUCUUCCCUCUUGCGUCUCCCUCCCUCCCACCCUCCCUAUCCCACCCCUCUAGGUGGUCACAAAGCCGUCGCUUUCUUAGAUGCCCCAAUGUGUUUUCUUUUAUUAGGUUCUUUCAAGUGAGCUAAGUGUAGGUGAUUUCUCAUUGACAAAAAUAACUGACAACUUUUCCAGUAACUUGUUUGUUUCUUUAUCUUGUAGCUCAAAAGACUUUCAGGACCUAUAUGGUUCCCUGCUUCCCACCUUUCCAUUGUUGUAAAAAAUAUAUCAGAUUCCUCCUUCAGUGACUCCCUAGCUCUGUGCAAGCUUUCAGUUCACUCCUGCUGGGUUCAGCUAUAAGUUGUUCUUAGUAUCAUCUAUCAGCCUCAGUUCAGAAACUUAAGAUUUUGAGCCACUUCUACAAUUGAUUUUUUUCCAAAGAUUGACACUACCAUGUUUAACAUGUACCGGUCAUAUAAAAUUACCUGGAUUCACUAAAUUUGUCCUUUUCUGGAGAGAAUGCAAGACAUUAGCUGAUAUUUAUAAUUUAAUAUAUUUUAAUUGUCUUUUAUUGUUUUAGAUAAUCUCUCAAAAUGACUUUAAAAUAAUGCUAUUACACAAAGCCACUUUUACCAAGAAAUACAGUAAAUUGUAAUACAGAAAUGAGAAUUUCCCUAGGUUGUGAUACCUUUUAGCUAAAUCUAUAUUUUUCUCUAGUUUAAAACAUUUGCACUUGCUAGUUAGUGUGGUUGGCAUAUUCACGGGCUUGUUCUCAUCAACAUAUAAAUUUAGAAAUCCCCCUGUGAGUGCCUGGGAGUUAAUACACUGGUCAGAGAUCUGGUACUUGUAUCACUAUUUAAAUUAACUUGUUAACUGCAAGGUGGAUUUCAGAUGCAGAAUAUGUAAGUGAAGAAAACUCAUACGUAAAUUCCUAACAUCUAUUCCCAUUGUCAUAUGUAAAGCUGCUAGCACAAUUCCUAGCACAUAGGAUUUGUGCUCAGUAAAUGUUAGUUCUUAUUUCCCCUUGAGGUCAGUGAUAAAUAUCAAAAAUCGCUUUUACAGAGCAGAGUCUAAAAUCAGGUGGGAGUGGGGGAUGGGGUUCUUCCCUCCUUUCCAACUUCCUUUUUCUCUUGUUCUUUCAUAUGCACUCAAAAAAGUUUACAACAUAAUUCCAUGCUGACUUUUCAGAUUUGGAAAAGAUUUCAUUUUUAUCUCAGCUAUCUUAAAGACAGAGCUGAAACUUGAUGAAGGUGCUAUUAAUCUAGAAAAGCAAACCAAUUUUAAUGAAAUAUGAAUGAGUUUGUAGGUCUAGGCUCUUUUUUAGACCAAUGCCUGUGCCAUCUUCCAUGCUUUCAAUUUGAAUUUUAAUAUUUGUUUUUAUUUUAAUUCCAGUGGCCCGUCAUACCACAACUUGUUUCUUCUAGAAGAAAUAGCUAAUAUGGCAAAGGUAUAAUAUAGACUUUUGAAAAAGAAACACUUUUCUCUGUGUCUCUCUCUCUCCCUCCCUCCCUUCCUCCCCCUCCCCCUUCCCCUCACUUUCACUCUUCUAUCUCUCUGAAGCACUUGAACAUAGCCAGUUACUACUUUUAUUAUUCUGUGUGUGUUAGAGUUGUCCACUUGGCCUCACAUGCCAAGGGAUCCACAUGUCAUAGGGCAAUGAGAAGAGCAGCCUAUAUAAUCUGGGAAAAAUCAAGGAUGUAAUUUCAGCCCUUAGUACAGGAACAGAAAACAUGCUGUUUAUAAAGAAUCCUGCUUUAAAUAUCUAUAGCCAUCUUUGAAUUCUCUACCACAAGUCUCUUGCAAUUCUGAACUCCCAUUAGCUUCAUAGAGCAGCUGUAGUCACUGGGAGAGAGACAUAUGGAGGAGAUCAAAAACACUGCUUUCAGUUAGUAACUAGCUUUAAGUAAUUAGUUACUAGUGAGAACAAAUUUUAUAAAUGUGUGUGUAUGCAUCUGUGUUUAUUCAUAUAAUACACAUAUACAUAUAUUACCCAUAUAGAAGGAAAAUGGAUUUAUAUUUGAAUUUGAUAUUAGAAUAUUUGAAGUUCUUUAUUUGUUGUUCCUUUGUCACUCUUUUGUAUUCACUCAGCAACCACGCCCUCAGUCUGAAGAUAACAAGGAUGUUUUAAUAUCCAGUGCUGGUUCAGAUUCAACUAAGGGGCACCUUUUAUCUUAAAUAUCCAAAGAUGCCUUUUAAAUUUCAACGGUUAAAACAUAACUGUUUAGUGUUAUAGUCUAAAGAAGUAUGGUUGUCAGUUGUGAAAAUAGAAAUGUUAUUUUUCAUAGUUUAGUAUCAACGUUUUAGGUGUUAGAUUUGAUGCCUUGUGAACAAAUAAUUUUAUAUUGUGCUUCAAAUUUUUAAAAGUUAUUCUUUUAUUGAAUGUAUUCUUUGUUCAAAAUGCUUAAAUAGCAUUGUAGGCAAGAUGUUUCCAAACAUUUAAGUGUGCGUAUCUUUUAUGUACACAGCUGAAAAUCAAGAAUGUAUGUUCAUUGAGAAUUUUUUCCACUACUUAUGGAUCUUGCUUUAAAAUUAUUUUUCUUAGUAUUUAUUUUACUCUAGUUUAUUAUUUUCUUUGGCUGAGGCAUCUGGUUACUGGUUGUUUUAAUAAGGUAAAAACAUUUCUGGAAUCACUCCUUUUGGAUAUUUUUGUUUCUUUUCUCUAUUUUAAAAAUAUUAUUUUACCAAAUAUAAAAAAAUGCAGAUUCGUGCCAAAUUAUUAGCUAUUUUUACGCUAACUUUCUGUAGUCCUUCUGAAAGUUUAUCUGGUAUGAGUAACCAGAUAAAGCACAAAAGCAUGAAUUCUUGUUCUUCAAUUAAAAGAGCUUCUCUAAUGGCACUGAUAGUAAAUGCCUUUUGUAGCCAAAACCAGGCGUCUCAAACUUAUGCUUUUAGUUAAAGAAGUGUUUAACUAACCAUUGUUGAACAUUGAUUGUUUGAUACCCAAAACAGCAGUGGACGAUGUUGUGCAAUAAUCAUCUACUAUAGUCAAGAUAUUCAGUAGUUUGUUUUUCCAUAAGCAUGUAAUUGAACAUAUAUCUGCCAAGGAUGUGCCUUCAACUUUAUAAUUAUAGUAUUGUAAAAAAAAUGA